AUGGCGUUCUCCAGUUCACGUGCAUUUAUAUUUUAUUUAAAUAAUUGUAAAAAUAUUGUUAAAGCAAGGAACAUUGUUUCUAAUAAUUCAUGUGUAAUAACGAGUAUUCAGAAUGCCAAUAAACGUUCAUAUUCCACACAAGAACUGUUACUCGAGCAAACCGAAAUUUAUAAUACGGGAUUGCCAAAAAAGAAAAUCAGCAAAGCCAUGCAAAUGUAUUUGCAGCGAUCUAAGGAGCACAACGAGUUUAUGCAAAAAGAAAGGAUUGAGUAUAAAAUUGGAAAACGACAUCUUGCUAAUAUGAUGGGUGAAAAUCCUGAUAAUUUCACCGAAGAUGAUGUAAAAAGAGCGAUAGAAUAUUUAUUUCCUUCUGGAAUAUUUGACCAGCAUGCGAAACCAGUCAUGAAACCUCCAGAUGAAAUUUUCCCUCCCCGAAAAGCUGCUCAGUUUGACGAAUCUGGCAGACCAUUCCACUCUAUGUUUUACACUUGUAGGCCGAAUUUUUAUCAAACGAUUCACAGUAUCGCAGGUGAAAUUUACAAAUUAAACAAAAGAGAAGACAGCCUACAUCAAAACGGUUUAAGACCAGAUGAAAAUAUAAAAAUUAACUUGGAAACGUCAAUUUGGCUGACAAAAUUGGAAUUUGAGAAACAUCUUCUUGAAGAGAUUUCGGAUGAGUUUUACGAAUACUUCAUAAAUACUGCACAGAGAUUGGCAGAUCAUCCAUUGGCUCAUGAAGCUUCGGAUUUCAUUAUGAAGUAUAGGAAACCUUUGCAGGGAUUGAUGGAAACAGCCGCUGUACUUCCAAUUGAGUACGAUUUAGAUGGAAGGCCAUUUGUCACUGUGAAAGGUUGUUGCAGAAAAUCUGCAAGAGGCACUGUAGUGUUGAGAGGUAAUGGCUCAGGAGAAAUAACAAUCAACGGGCAGGACAUUACAUAUUUUAAGGAUUGGACUUGCCGCGAGCAGUCAUUCGAGGUCCACGAAGGCAACCGGUCUGCUGGUCUUUCGACGUUCCUAUACGCGCAAUUCCGUGUCACACGUGAGUGCACUUGUGGAGUUAAGAUCCAGUACGCUCUUGUCGCACAGUCAGUGUCAAAGUGGUCAGUUAGACAGAAUGAUCUUGGUACAUUGGCGGGACGCUGA